AUGGGUUUCAUCAUAGACAUCCAAGGCUUUGUGACUCUGACAGGUAAAAGACAUACUAUCCUGUUUCCAAAUUCAACAUCUUCAAGUGGCGAAAUUCCUUACUACUCUAACUCAAAACAUAGAUCUGACGACGAACCAAAGCUAUCGUGUUGUAUUCUCAUGCUGGAUAUUAUUUUAAAACAAAUGGAAUUACAAAAUAUCGAAAAAAACAUUGGAACUGAUAGCUGGAUCUGUCAAGAAGCUUGUCAACUUUUAAAAUCAACUAACGUCGUAAGCUUGAGCUCUAAUCACUCUUGCGAUAAUAUACCAGACUGUUUUUUUUGUGAAUCAGUUAUAGUAUGGCACCAACUGUCACUUCAGCUUCUUUCCUUUAUUACUCCAAGAGAACUUGUUAAUCCACCAGAUACUUAUAGUGAAGGAUGUUUGGAAGACAAAAAAAUUAAGGACUCUUUGAAUGGAACAAAAAAAAGCGAUGCCAAAACAGACUUACUUAAUGCACCAGUUCCAGACUUGCAUUCAGUUGGGGGAGUUUUAGUCAAUAUGCCGCACUUUUUUGAGCAAAUAAUGACAGCAACUGUAGAAACAGUAUCUGAACAACUAGGUGUACCUGCGAACAUAACAUCUGAGAAGAGUAUGUCAACAGUAGGCCCAUCUAUAUCUUUUUCAGAUACAAAUCUUGCUACAGCUAUAGUCAACAUAGAUAAGCCAGCUGCUAAAGGCAAAGAUAAAACAAUAGGUGAAAGCUCACAUGUCUUAGAAGAUUUUUGGCAAACUUCCAUGGGAAAGUUUAAAUUUUCUAUCAAGGAUUUACCAGAGCAAUUGCAGUAUACUUUUAAGCUAUUUGAGAUUCCUUGCAGAAAUCAUACAAUAUUACAUAUUUCUAACAAAUGCUAA